UCGGUGUUUUCAAUCUGUUUGAUGUGUGUUCUAUAGAGAAGAAGAUAACCGGAGGCGGGGCAUGAGUAGUUUUCCGUCGAAUAAAGUCGGUUAUUUCGCACAAGAUUGAAGCAAUAUGAACAAGAGUCACUUGGGGACCGUCAGCAGCUCCGAUCUCAUCGAUGCAAAGCUCGAAGAGCAUCAGCUGUGCGGAUCCAAUCAGUGCCCUGGUUGCGGUCACAAGCUUGAAGGAAAACCGGACUGGUUAGGUUUACCAGCUGGAGUUAAAUUUGAUCCCACGGACCAAGAACUGAUAGAACACCUUGAAGCUAAAGUACUUGAAGCUAAAGACAUGAAAUCUCACCCUUUGAUCGAUGAAUUCAUCCCCACCAUUGAAGGAGAAGAUGGUAUUUGUUAUACCCAUCCUGAGAAACUCCCAGGAGUAACCACAGAUGGGUUGAACAGGCAUUUCUUCCAUAGACCGUCAAAGGCGUACACCACCGGGACACGAAAACGUAGGAAAAUCCAAACGGAAUGCGACUUACCAGGCGGAGAAACGAGGUGGCAUAAGACCGGCAAGACGAGGCCGGUGAUGGUGAACGGCCAGCAGAAAGGGUGCAAGAAGAUCCUUGUCCUCUACACCAAUUUCGGCAAGAAUCGGAAACCGGAGAAGACGAAUUGGGUGAUGCAUCAGUACCAUCUCGGUCAGCACGAGGAAGAGAAGGAAGGAGAGCUCGUGGUAUCCAAGAUAUUUUAUCAGACUCAACCGAGGCAGUGCAACUGGUCGGAUCGAACAACGACGACGACCGCCGAAGCAACCAAUGCCAUUGCCAAUGAUCCAAAUAGCCGACGAGAUAGUGCCAGUGGGAGUUGUUCUUCUUCAAAGGACGUAAUCCCUCUUAGAGAAGAAGUCGCCGGAGUCGCAGCAGCUUUAUCGAGUUAUGCCGCCAGUGCCACCAUGGACAUCCAACAGUUAAAAUCCGAUAAUUUCAGUUUCACCCCCUUUACAAAAAGCUUCGACGAGGAAUCAUCCAUUACAAACCCACAAGAAGCUGAAUGGUUGAAGUACUCUUCAUUCUGGCCUGACCCUGACAACCAGGAUCAUCAUGGGUAGAAGCAAAAGGAAGAGAAAAUUCAAGACAAAACAAAGGAAAUUCUUCAGACAUCAUCAUUAUCAUCAUUAUUAGUACUUGAAGCCUACUGGUCAAGUUCUUUCCAAGGA